AUUGACACCGUUUGUUUUAACCUGCUAUACAACUUCUAAACUAUUUUUUACCUAGCUUUAUCUUGAUAUAAUGGUAAAGCAAGUUGCUUAGUCAGGUAGUUUAGUCUCAAACAGUUUGCUAAAGGUGUAUUUAAUUUAUUGAGAAUUCUGCGCACCAGGUCUUCAUUUUAAUAAUUGUUAUAGAUACAAAAUUUCUCAAUACUUAUGUCAGUGUCGGCCUCAGUUAAUGGUAUACUUAAGUAGUUGUGGCGAAUAAACUUGUUUUAUAAUUCCUGAUUGCGACGGGCAUGCAUUACAAACUACCUCCCUAGGUUCGUAGUUAUAGACACUAUUUGUUUGGUUUUAAGGAACAUCCUCAAACCCCAAUUGAAGUCAACCAAUAGCUUGGUUAAGUUUUUGUUUAUACCUAAUUGUAUUUACUUAUAUACCACAAUGUCUUUUUUGUAAAGUGUGAAAAAGUAGCCUUAAUGGGCAAGUAAGGUUUCCUUCACUGCAAAGCAAGUUUGAAAGAACGUCAAUACGUCUAUCUCCUCAUUUGUGUCAAGAAUUACCAGCUCUUGCCAUGCAUUUCUUAUUGUGGAAAUGAUGAUGCUUGCUGCAUAAAGCAUUGUGGCAAAAUCAUGAAAGUGCAAAAAAUUCUAGAAGAAUAACCAUACAAUUAAAUAACACAACAAUACAAAGGUUUGAAGUCUGUCAACCUGCAUCUUUACAGAUGUCAUGGCCUGGUUGAAAGAAAAUGUAAAAAACUCUUAAAUCUGACGCAACACAAUACAGCAGAGUCAAUAUGUAGAUGAACUACCACUGAUCUAUUUCGGUAUAUAACAUGCCGUUUGUAGGUGAGGAAGGUAACCACACCACUGUACCUUUUGACAGGCCCAUCACUCCAAUUUCCAAUAGCAUCUUUCAUAUUUAGAAUUCGAAAUAAGUGUGUAUAUAGGAACAGCAACACGAGCUAGAUAUAAAACUGUGCUUGCCAUCACAAAAUUUGAGAAAGAACAGCACUCAGUAAAUCACUCCUAUUCAUGGCAGAUCAUCAGAGACUGAGGAUCCACCCUACGGAAGGGGAAGCACCACCUCCCCCAACAACGCCAUUGGUACCUCCAGGCGCCUCAAGAUCAGAAAAGGGUGUCCCUUUACACCAUCCACCACUGCUACGUUCUGUGCCAGCAGUAUACUCUAAACCAGGGAAAAGAAGCUGUUGUUGCAAGUGCAUGUGUUGGAUAAUAAGCUUGUUUGUUCUGCUCCUCAUUGUCCUGGCUGCAAUUGUUGGAAUCCUUUACCUAGUCUUCGAACCAAAACUUCCAGAUUACUCAGUUGACACACUCAGGAUAAGUGAUCUGAGGCUUAACUUUGACAUGAGUCUGUAUGCAAAGUUUGAUGUGAAGAUCACAGCAAACAAUCCAAACAAGAAGAUUGGCAUCUACUAUGAAAAGGGUGGAAAGUUAAGUGUGUGGUACACAAACACAAGGCUUUGUGAAGGGUCACUGCCGCAGUUCUACCAAGGUCACCAGAACAAAACAGUGCUCAACGUGUCCUUGAGUGGUCAAGUGCAGUCUGGAAGCACCUUAAUGAAGGCACUGCAACAGCAACAGCAGACAGGACGCAUUCCAUUGGAUCUGAAGGUUCAUGCACCAAUCGCAAUCAAACUUGGGAGGUUGAAGCUGAUGAAGAUCAGAGUCUUGGGAGAAUGCCUGUUGGUGGUGGAUAGCUUAUCAUCUAAUAAUCUCAUAAGCAUCAAGGCUAGCAACUGCAAAUUCAGAAUGAAACUUUGAUUUCCAUUCUGAGAGUUUUUGCCUUGCUUCAUCUCAUUUGUUUGUAUUCUUUUUUUUCUUUAAAGAUUGAAAGACUUUUGAUUCUUUCAUGGAUAUUUUGAGUUCUAGAUUUUGGAUACUCCAUGAAAUGAAACACCCCAUGUUUCUAUA